GUCGCACGACGUGGAAAUUGCACAAAUGAAAUUAGAAACUCCUUGUUACCCCCCAUAAACAAGAGCGAAGUCCAGACCUGCGAUACAGGAGACAGCUGGUUUCUCCCCGAGCAGAAGGGGAUUGAUACGAAGUCACCUUGAGUUGUCAUUCAUGCGUCUCGAGCCGGCCUCUCGGUUCAUCUGCGCACACAUUACCUCUUCUACACUUUGUCACAUGCACACGCUCCCUAUAUACCCCUGUUACAUACGACUUGUACAUAGUUGUCACUUGAGUUCGAAUUUGACUUUGAGAUAAAAAUAGAAUGGGUGGCCAUUGGUCUAGCAUGGAUCCAUCCAAGGUGGACGUACCUGAGAUUGAUAAACUUUUGGAGAGGGAUCCUUACCUGAAACCUCACGAAAAUGAAUUCCGAAAGAGAUAUGCUUUGUUCAAGGACUACAUUGAGAAAAUCGAAGCCGGUGAUGGUAGUUUGGAUAAAUUCUCUAGAGCUUAUGAGUCCUUUGGAAUUAUUAUCGAUGGAAGUAAUGGGGUAACUGCUCGAGAGUGGGCUCCGGGGGCCAAACAACUGUAUUUAACUGGUGAUUUUAAUAAUUGGGACCGAAAAAAGAAUCCCUACACAAAACAAGAAUUCGGUAAAUGGGAAUUGAAGCUUCCCCCGAAUGCCGAUGGAACGUGUCCCAUCGCCCACCUCUCAGAAGUCAAAAUCAUAGUGGAAGAUGGAACUGGUCAAUUGCUGGAGCGAUUGAGCCCCUGGGCGACGUACGUAACAGCCCCUCAGCACCAAAACGAAGGGACAAAUUACAAACAACAUCUCUGGCACCCAGAGCCCCAGAGCCUCUACAAAUGGAAGAACCCAAAGCCGAGAAGACCGAAGAGUCUUCGGAUCUACGAGUGCCACGUGGGGAUCGCCACGAGUGAAUUAAGAGUUGGAACAUAUCUGGAGUUCGCCAAAGGCAUCAUCCCGAGGAUUGUGAAGCAGGGGUACAACUGCAUUCAGCUCAUGGCCAUCAUGGAGCACGCUUAUUACGCCAGUUUUGGGUACCAGGUGACGUCGUUCUACGCAGCGUCGUCGAGGUAUGGAACCCCUGAGGAGCUCAAGGAGCUGAUUGACGUCGCUCAUGGGCAUGGACUCUUCGUUUUGCUUGACAUGGUUCAUUCUCAUGCCUGCAAGAACACUGUGGAUGGACUGAAUAUGUUCGACAGCACUGAUGCCUGCUUCUUCCAUUCUGGAUCGAGGGGAGAACAUCCUCUUUGGGACAGUAAACUGUUUAAUUAUGGAAACUAUGACGUGCUGAAGUUCUUGCUGUCGAAUUUACGGUGGUAUGUGGAUGAAUAUCACUUCGAUGGAUUCAGAUUCGAUGGAGUCACUUCGAUGCUGUAUCACUCGAGAGGUCUCGGACAAGGAUUCAGUGGAAAUUAUGAAGAGUAUUUUGGACUCAAUGUCGAUGUGGAGGGAAUUGUAUAUUUAAUGAUGGCUAAUUACAUGUUGCAUCGAUUGUAUCCAGAAAUCGUUACAAUCGCUGAGGAUGUCAGUGGCAUGCCAGCCAUGUGCAGACCAGUGGCCGAAGCUGGAAUUGGCUUCGACUAUCGUCUAGCCAUGGCAAUCCCCGACAAAUGGAUAAAACUCCUAAAAGAAUAUCGAGACGACGAUUGGAACAUGGGAGACAUUGUCUGGACCCUCACCAAUCGAAGAUGGAUGGAGAAAGCUGUUGCCUAUGCCGAAUCACAUGAUCAGGCACUGGUGGGUGAUAAAACCAUCGCUUUUUGGCUGAUGGAUAAGGAUAUGUACACCCAUAUGAGUGUUAUCAGCGAACCGAAUCCAGUUAUAUCCCGAGGCAUUGCUCUCCACAACUUAAUCAGACUUAUUACACAUGGACUUGGUGGUGAAGCUUAUCUCAAUUUUAUCGGCAAUGAAUUCGGUCAUCCCGAAUGGCUAGACUUCCCCCGAGCAGGCAACAACAGCAGCUACCACUACGCCAGACGCCAGUGGAACCUAGUGGACGACGAUCUCCUAAAGUACAAAUACAUGAACAACUGGGAUCGAGCCAUGAAUCUCCUGGAGGAGAAGUACGGCUGGUUGGCAGCGGAUCCAGGCUACGUCAGUUGGAAGCACGAGGGAGACAAGGUCAUAGUUUUCGACAGAGCUGGACUCGUCUUUGUCUUCAAUUUCCAUCCAACACAAUCGUUUCCUGAUUAUGCCAUUGGGGUCCCCAAUCCUGGGACUUACAAAGUUGUAUUGAACAGUGAUGAUAAGGAGUUUGGGGGCGAAUGCAGGGUUGAUCCCAACUGCAGGCACUUCUCGAAACCAGAACCCUUUGCUGGUCGCCCACAUCGCAUUAUGGUUUAUGUACCUUGUCGUACAGCUAUUGUUUAUGCAAUUGACAUUCCUCCAUGUGCAACACAUGACUCAUAGAAAUGGGAUUGCGGGUUGAUUCACCAACGUACAUCAGACGCAUAGAGUUUUUCAAGAGCUCCUCCCGAAAGGUGCGUAAAUCUGGAUUCGUCUGCGAUAGGUAGUAACAGCCGGCAAGACCUGAAUCAAUCAGACGUUCAAGAAGACCAAAAUUUAAAAAAUCAAUUUGUGAAAUCGAGUGAAAGGACUGAAUAUGCACCUGAGAAAUAAACUCCUGCCUUGAAUGGACGAUUUCUGCAUUCUUUAACGACAUCGA